AUAUUAUUUUAAAUGAAUAUAUAUUUCAACAGGCAUUAAUUAAUAAAAUAAGAGGCUUCUUUUAAUUACCCCAGUCAACGGUGAAUUGAGUUAGACGUUUGAUGCGCCACAGGCGGUAAUUUAAGAACUUUAACAAAGUUUUGUCGUUAAAAAAGCAUACUUUUAGAUAUGCAUAACAAAAUUUGCUGAACAAUGUUUCACUGGUAGGACUAUAAACUUCGCUAAAGCACUGUUAAAGUUUACCCCGGACACAGAUGGUCUCCCCCUGUCCCUGGUGCACCCGUGCCGAGGCCCCCACAUGUGUAUCUGACGAAAGUAGGUGAAAACUUGCUCAAUCCGGAUAAAAACUGUUCCUAUUUCCGCAACUGUCGAGUGUUUCUCGUCGCGAUUCUUCCAACAUGAAGUUGCUAGCAGAUUCAGGUAAUCAACAUGCCCUAAAGGCAGUUAUAGCCGCGAAUAUAGCAGGAACGGAGCUUCAAAUCGAGGAGGUUGAUCAAGCCAGCUGUGCCGAUCUUCCAGCAUUAGUGAAUUUUCUGCAAAGGAGACAG